CCUUUAUAACUACAGUCAUGCAACAUAUUAGUCAGAAAAUAACUAUUUGAAUGUCUAGGUAUACAUGUUAUAAAUAAUUUGUCAUGUAUUUAUAGGUUUAAGUAACAAAUUUUCUUCAAUUAUGAAGAUAUUAUUUGGAAUUUAAAUGUUAUUUUUACAACCCCGCCCCAUAAACGAAUUCAACUUACAUUAGGAUGAUAAUUUUUAUAAAAAUUUUAUUACGAAAUUAAUAAAAAUAUAGAAUGGCAGUCCCUAAUGAAAGUAAAAGUACAUGUUAUUGGUGUUUUAAAGCAGUUAAAUGGUUUCCAGUUUUGUUUAUAGUAGCAUUUGUUAUUUGGUCGUACUAUGCAUAUGUGAUACAACUAUGCUUUUUAACUGUUGACAGUACCAUAAAACAGAUUUUGUAUUUGAUGUUCUAUCAUGUGUCAUUCUUCAUGUUUUGUUGGUCUUACUGGCAGACUAUAUUUACAGACAUAGGAAGAGUUCCAACUAAGUUUAAAAUACCUGAUGGAGAUUUUGAAGCAAUCAUGGGUGAAACGGAUUCGCCAGAAGUUCAAAAUACAAUUCUUUCAAACAUUGCUAGGUUUUUACCAAUUUCCAAUGUGACUGCUGGUGGGGGAUUUCGAUUUUGUGAAAAGUGUAGAGUUAUAAAACCAGAUCGGGCUCAUCAUUGUUCAGUAUGUGGAGUGUGUGUGUUAAAAAUGGACCAUCAUUGUCCAUGGAUAAACAAUUGUGUGUCUUUUACUAAUUACAAAUAUUUUGUACUAUUUUUGGGAUAUGCAUUACUAUAUUGUUUAUAUGUCUCUUUGACAUCUCUUCCAUACUUCAUUUCAUUUUGGAGGGGUGAACUCCAAGGAGUCAGUAGAUUUCACAUUUUAUUUUUAUUUUUUGUUGCUAUUAUGUUUGGAGUAAGUUUAAUGUCAUUAUUUUCGUAUCACUGUUACUUAGUCAGUGAGAACAGAACAACUUUGGAAGCAUUUCACCCGCCCAACUUUCGUGGAGUUGGACCUGAUAAAUAUGGCUUUCAUAUUGGAAGGUACAACAAUUUUCAAGAAGUAUUUGGUGAUGAUCUCAGAACUUGGUUUCUUCCUAUUCAAACAAGUUCGGGUGACGGGAUUCAAUAUCCGUUACGGUCACUCCUUCAAGGCAGUACGUAUCAUUCUAUGGACAACACACAGAACAGUUUGGGAGAUGGAGUGAAUUAUCCUCAAAGAAAUUUGGAUGAAGAUAGGGAAGGCCUUUUGUAUGGUAAUAACAUGGACGAAGAAUCGUGUCGUGACAAUUAUUAUUGCAACCCGUGAACUAACAGUUGUUGUGAGAAUUUUACAAAACUUUCAGUUAUAAAGUGACACCAAAAAGUAGAUCGUAAAAUAUUCUAGACAUGUAUAUAAGUAUUUUAUUUUAUGUAAAUAUAAAAUUUUGUAUAUAUUAACAAUAAACUUAUUAUAUGUUA